AUGGAGGACAAGUCAGAGAUAGAAUGCAUUAUGUUUUGUGAAUUUGAUCCCAUAGCUGGGCCAAGAAUUGCUUACCAAUCGCCUGAAGAAUUUAUAAGCAAAGGCCAGUUUGAUAGUAUUGCACCUUAUGUAAUUACAAAGCCGCAACUUCAAGGUUGUCUUAUCACACUGAAAGCAUUCGACUAUAAGUUUCUAGGAUGUUCAGUUGGAAUCGAGAGCGCGAAAUACUCGAGAAAUGCUUUACUAUUUAAUGUGUGUUUUGUGCUGGACGAAGAAAUUUGUACGGACAAGUACGAAGGAGUCGUCAAAAAAUUGGUAGCCUAUUUGAAAACUUUGGAACAAGAAUCCGGAUUCAUUUCCCAAGAAGAAACUAGAGGCAAAAUUAAAAAUAUGUUGGCUGAUAUUCUUUACGGGUUAAAUCGUAAAGGUGAAUGCAAUAUAAAGAUAGAUGGCUCAAAUACAAUAUUUCUCAAGCUAGUUCAAGGCCAAGGGCAUCCACCAACAGUUCUGGAUCAUCAUGUCCCAUUGUUAUUAUGGGACAGGAGAGAAAUCUUAGCAUCACAUUGGGACCUCACGUCACAACAGAUUCUGCAGUAUAUAAAUGAGUCAAAUCAUGUUCAAAAAAUUGCAGCAGUUGCUGAUAUGGACUUGAAUCUAGUUCGAUCUGCAGUUCAGACCCUGCUUUAUUAUGGUGUAAUAACUCUGAUACCAGUGUUUUUGUAUUCAAAUAUGUAUGCUCUGAACCCUGAGGUAAACAGAUUGUCAAGAGACAAGGAUCUACAAGCAGAGUGUGUAAAAUGGGUUGCAGAAAUGCAAUCAGAUCUACCUAAGUUUAGAGAUGUAUUUAUGUUAUAUUGUGAGAUGGGUCCUGGAAUGACAGUCAAGGACUUAUGUGCAAGGCAUGAUAUGGCAAGUUUAAAAAUCAACCCAAAAUUUCUUGUACAAUAUGGGCUGAUAAAAAAAUUUAUCCACAAACUGAAUAAGUAUCCAGUACUCGUGUCAGAACCAUCAUCACAAAAAUUAAAAAGUAUUGCGAAAUGGCUCAAUGGUAGUUUUAGUUGUGAUGAAAUUAUUUGUAAAGUCUAUGCUAUGGGAGAGAUUAUAAAGUACCAAGAACUGGAUCUAAUUACUGAUGAUGAUCCUGCUGUAAUUAAUAUUUGGAAGUGAUAUUUGGAGCAAAAUCUUUGUACAAUGUUGUCUGUUUUCAUUUUUUUUUUUAUAAAAAUUUUGCAUUUGUUAUACCUGAUA